GUUCUGUAGCAAGCUGGGGAGGUGCCAAAGACAAUUUUUCUUCUGAUGAAGCAAAUGAAGGUGAUAAUGAAGAUGAUGCUAUAGCUUAUGACAAAGAAAAUGAAAGUGCAACAGAAUCCAAUGUUGGGACUAAUGCUGGUUGGGCAGAUGCCAUGGCUAAAAUUCUUAACAAAAAGACUCCUAAAAGUAAACCUACUAUUCUCAUCAAAAACAAAGAGCUGGAGAAGGAAAAAGAGAAAGAAAAACAAGAGAGAAUGGAGAAAAGAAAACAGCUUGAUAAGAAGCGGGAGUGGGAAAUGAUGUGCAGAGUGAAGCCAGAUGUUGUCAAAGACAAAGAAAUAGAAAGAAAUCUACAGAGAAUUGCUACAAGGUAAG